AUGAACAUCAAUUGCAUAGAUGAUGAAUAUCCAUCACCACCACUUAUCGACGAAAUAACUAGCCCUAGGAAAAAGUUGCGCGCUGAUUGCUCGGCGCGUAAAAGUUGGAGUUUAAUGGACAGAAGGACAGACCAGGAGGUGCUACAGGAGAUGGGUGUCAGCCUUCUGGAGCAGGACGAUAAUGAGGGGCACUGCGAAGUGACAAUUGCACCGCACAAGGCGAAUUUGAAACGGAAGCGCGACGCGGACAUAGAGAACGUGAACCCGAACGCGAACAGCGCGAGCCCGCAGCGGCGGCGGAGCCCCAGGAGCCCAAGGAGCCCUAAAAGUCCCAGGGCGAAGGCCCGCCCCAGCCCCGGCCCCUCCAGGCCGAGGAGCCCUCGCAGCCCCCAAGCGAAACCACUGCAGCCCACCGAUCCGCUGGAGACCACCCUGCUCUCCGACUACCUGGUGGAGGAGGAGACCCCGCUGGCGCAAGUGAGCACGCAGUACGUGCCGCCGCACCAAUCCGGCUUCACGUCCGGCAGCACGAGCAGCUGCAGCGGCGGGAAGAAGCACAGCUAUACGCGUGAGCACACACAUAAAUCGCUCGGCCUGGAAGAGGAGCUUAUCAUCAGCAGGCGGUCGAAGUCGGAGCCCCUCGGCAGCGACACCUUCUCCGUCCUCUCCGACGAGAUGAUACUCAGCGUGUUCAGGUGGCUGCCGAAGAGGACAUUAGCGCACUGCAUGCUCGUCUGCAAGAGGUGGUACCAAGUGGCCUGCGAUGAGACGCUGUGGCAGCGUCUGGACUUGGGCAACAAAGUGCUGUCCAGAGAUGCUCUUGGGAGGAUCCUAGCCAGAAAACCGGUAAUAGUGAGGCUGGCUAGCACAGAGAUAGCCGAGUGGAGGCCGUCAACACCGCCCGCGCCGACCAGGAUCCAGUACUUGGACCUCAGCAUGUGCACAGUGGACCACCAGACCCUCGACCACCUGCUGGAGCGCUGCCCCAGCCUGAAGAAGCUGAGCCUGGAGAGCGUCGAGCUGCGAGAUGCAACCUGCAAACUGAUCGGCGGAUGCAGCAACCUGGAAACGUUAAACCUGGCCAUGUGCCGGGGCAUCACUGCCGAGGGGCUGGCCGAGAUUUUGAAGGGGUGUGUCAGCCUGCAAGCGCUGAACAUAUCCUGGUGCAACCUGAACGAGGCCGCCCUGAACCUGCUGGUGACGGCGCUGCCCCAGAAGCUGCAGCGGCUGAACGUGGGCGGCGCGAGGAUCAUGACCGACGAGAUGGUGCAGCAGCUGGCGUCGCGCUGCCCCCGCCUGCUGGAGCUGGAUCUGUCGGACUGCUCGCGGCUCGGCGCGGCCUCCGUGGCGGCGGCGCUCAAGCUCACCAGGCUGGAGCACCUGGCGCUCAGCCGCUGCUACCUGCUGCCGCCGCACGUGCUCACGAAACUGGGCAGUAUGCCGUCGUUGCAGUACCUGGAAGUUUGGGGGAUGCUGCAGGCGGUUUCGCUUGGUGCGUUGAGAGCGGCCCUGCCCGCCGUUCAAGUCAACCAGUUCAUGUUCAGUGCAAUCGCGAGACCCACUGUUGGUGCCAGAAGAACCUCCAUAUGGGGCCUCCGCACUAGAGAC